UGCGGGUGCGUCACUGGCAGCUCCCCGCGGGCGGGCCCGGGCCCGGGCCCGGGCCGGGACCGGAGCUCGUUGGCCGUGGGCGCUCGCUGUGGGAUGUGCAGUGCUGGGAGUCGAGGUCGCCGCGCAGGACGCUGGGGUGACGGCUCCGGGGUCCUCCGGCCAAGAACGUGUUGCAGAGCACGAUGGCUGAACAGCUCCUUCCCCAGGCUUUGUAUUUGAGCAACAUGCGGAAAGCUGUCAAGAUACGAGAGAGAACUCCAGAAGACAUAUUUAAGCCAACCAAUGGGAUCAUUCAUCAUUUUAAAUCCAUGCACCGAUACACACUAGAAAUGUUUAGAACUUGCCAGUUUUGUCCACAAUUUCGGGAGAUCAUCCACAAAGCCCUCAUUGACAGAAGCAUCCAGGCCUCCCUGGAAAGCCAGAAGAAGCUCAACUGGUGUCGGGAAGUCAGGAAGCUGGUGGCACUGAAAACGAAUGGCGAUGGAAACUGCCUCAUGCAUGCUGCCUCUCAGUACAUGUGGGGUGUUCAGGACACAGAUUUGGUCCUGAGGAAGGCGCUCUUCAGCACUCUCAAGGAGACGGAUACACGCAACUUUAAAUUCCGCUGGCAGCUGGAGUCUCUUAAAUCUCAGGAGUUUGUGGAAACGGGACUUUGCUACGACACUCGGAAUUGGACUGAUGAAUGGGACAGCCUCGUCAAAAUGGCAUCCACGGAGACACCCGUGGCCCGAGGUGGACUUCAGUAUAACUCCCUGGAAGAAAUACACAUAUUUGUCCUUUGCAACAUCCUUAGAAGGCCAAUCAUUGUGAUUUCAGACAAAAUGCUGAGAAGUUUGGAGUCGGGUUCUAAUUUCGCUCCUUUGAAGGUGGGCGGGAUUUACUUGCCUCUUCACUGGCCAGCCCAGGAGUGCUACCGAUACCCCAUCAUUCUCGGCUAUGACAGCCAGCAUUUUGUACCCCUGGUGACCCUGAAAGACAGCGGACCUGAAAUCCGAGCUGUUCCACUUGUUAACAGAGAGCGAGGAAGGUUUGAAGACUUAAAAGUUCACUUUUUGACAGAUCCUGAAAACGAGAUGAAGGAAAAGCUCUUGAAAGAGUACUUGAUGGUGAUCGAAAUUCCUGUCCAAGGCUGGGACCAUGGCACCACCCAUUUGAUCAAUGCUGCAAAGCUGGAUGAAGCCAACUUACCCAAAGAAAUAAAUCUGGUAGAUGAUUACUUUGAGCUCGUCCAGCACGAGUACAAGAAGUGGCAGGAGAACAAUGAACAGGAGCGGAGAGAGAUGCAUGCUCAGAAUCCUUUGGAACCUUCCGUUCCCCAGCUUUCUCUCAUGGACGUAAAAUGUGAAACACCCAACUGUCCUUUCUUCAUGUCGGUGAACACCCAGCCUUUGUGCCACGAAUGCUCAGAGAGGCGGCAAAAGAACCAAAGCAAAUCCUCCAGGCUGCACUCCAAGCCAGGCCCUGAGGUGCUCCCGGGCAUAGUGCUUGGGCCCUCCCGGGGAGAGGCCUAUGAGCCCAUGAGCUGGAGCCCCGAGGAGCCAGCUGGGGGACCUCAUUCGGCCCCUCCGACAGCACCCAGCCUUUUCCUGUUCAGCGAGACGACCGCGAUGAAGUGCAGGAGUCCCGGCUGCCCCUUCACGCUGAACGUGCAGCACAACGGAUUUUGCGAGCGCUGCCACAACGCCCGGCAGCUUACUGCAGGCCACAGCCCGGACAGCAUGAGGCACUUAGACCCUGGGAAGUGCCGAGCCUGCUUACAGGACGUCACCCGGACAUUUAACGGCAUCUGCAGUACGUGCUUCAAAAGGACUACGGCGGAGCCCUCCUCGGGCCUCAGCUCCAGCGUCCCUCCUUCCUGUCACCAGCGGUCCAAGUCAGACCCCUCGCAGCUCAUCCAGAGUCUCUCCCCACAUGCUUGCCGCAGAGCCGGGACCGAGGCUCCCUCCGGCUGCCUCUCUCAGGCCACACGGACUCCAGGGGACAGGACGGGGACCAGCAAAUGCAGAAAAGCCGGCUGCGUGUAUUUUGGGACUCCAGAAAACAAAGGCUUCUGCACGCUGUGUUUCAUUGAGUACAGAGAAAACAAACAUUUUGUCACUGCCUCAACAAAAGCCAGUCCCACGGCCCCCAGGUUCCAGAACGCUGUUCCGUGCUUGGGGAGGGAAUGUGGCACCGUUGGCAGCACCGUGUUUGAAGGAUACUGUCAGAAGUGUUUCAUUGAAGCUCAGAGUCAGAGAUUUCAUGAAGCGAAAAGGACCGAAGAGCAACUGCGAUCCAGCCAGCGCAGAGAUGCUCCUCGAAGCACCCCGAGCGCCUCCAGGCCCAAGUGUGCCCGGGCCUCCUGCAAGAACAUCCUGGCCUGCCGCAGCGAGGAGCUCUGCAUGGAGUGCCAGCACCUCAGCCAGCGAGUGGGCGCCGGGGUCCACCGGGGCGAGCCGGUUCCCGAGGAACCCCCCAAGCAGCGCUGCCGGGCCCCCGCCUGCGAUCACUUCGGCAACGCCAAGUGUAAUGGCUACUGCAACGAGUGCUUCCAGUUCAAGCAGCUGUACGGCUGAGGGUUGCGGCGGGCUGGCCCAGCCACGGGGCACCUCGAGCCUUAGCCAGCAUGGUGCUAGCCCCCGAACACUCCUGUGCCGCAGCGGGGAGCUCCGGGGCGGCUUUGAGCCGGGGAGCAAAGAGAAGCUCCGGUCGCUGUCGUCGCCGCCAGCGUUCCCACAUGGCCUUUGAGCAAGAGCAAGGCUAGUGACUGGUGGCAGAUGGGUCUGGUCCUGCCCGGCCGGGGGCUGCUGCUGCUCCUCCUCCCCCUCCCCUCCUCCUCCUCCUCUUCCUUUUCCUCCUCCUCCUUCUCCUCCUCUUCCUCCUCCUCACCUGCCACUUGGAAAGCCAGGAACUUCAUGGACUUGGGUGCCAGGACGGCUUCAUCAUCUCGGGAAGAAAGGGAGAAGAUGCUCGGGCAGGCGGGCUAGGAAACCCAGAGCCAUUCCACCCGCCCAGCUGCACAUGGGCCUGGCCCAGAGCUGAAGCUCCACGGGCCGCAGCCUUUGGCCGGGAGUCCAGGAAGCUCAGGGAGACCCGACAUGUCCAGAGUGCCACUCAGUGGUGAGUGGCCUUUUCCUCCCCGCCUCGUCUCUUUCCCACGGACAUGGCAGACACAGCCAUCCACAGACUGUGGUUCUGAGGCUGCUGAGACUGAAUAAGUUCACACUGAAAAGCAAACCAGCUGCUCUUUACCGAAUGCACCUUGGAAGAAUCAGAAUAUUCUAGUGGGAAGAUGUGUGACUCUGAUUAUCACUGUCUUCACUUCUAAAGAAGUUAGCUUGAACUGAGGUGUGCAUAAAAAUGUGUACAUAUAUAAUGUACCCUUAUAUUAUGUAUGAGGGAAUUUUUUUAUUACAUUGAAAUGCUGCCCUAGAGAUUUAAGUAGGAAAACUGAAUAAUAACCUAUUUUCUGGUUGUUGUUGGGGCGCCAUCUGUAUAGAGCUUGCAUGAAUUCAACCAGCUGUCUUGUUAAAGUGAGCUCCCUAUUGUGUCUAUGUAAUUCACUUUAUUUAUUUUAUUUCAAACUUCAAGGUUAUUUAAAUGAAGAUGUUUCUUCUGCUCUGGGUAAAGUGCUUGCUGUAGUGUCUUCUUGAAGUAACAUAUUCGUAUUGAGUCGUCUUUUAGGCGAGUUCCUUAGUACCUUGGGGAUUUGGUCUCUUUGAUGUACCGUGGUUGUCUUCCCUAAGAAAGAAGGAAUUGCAUCAAAGGUGUAGACAUUAAAAGCUCAUGCUUCUUAAUGAAACUUGGGUCAGAGCCACCUCCUAGCCACCUGCUUUCUGCAGUAGACAGAUGCCUCUGAGUAUCCUACCUCCUUAAAGAUGAGAUUGGGAAGGAAUAGGGAUGAAAUUGGAGGAGGUCACGGGAAGAUGUGACCUUUAAUGAUGGUUUUAUUUGCUGUUUAACACUGUGUCCUGGGGUGCUGGCAGUGACCUCACAUCCAGUGGCACUUUAGCGCCAGGACAGCAAAACCCUGUGACCAUGAGCAUAAGGAAAUUUCUUUUUGUCCUUGGCCUGCAGUUUUUCUCUUUGCUUUAUGUUACCGUCAUACUUGUUCUAGAAAAAAGGGGGAAACAAAUUGUCCCUAGAGGUAAAGGCUGCCUUUUUUUUUUUUUUUUUUGGUCCAGAUCUUAUGACCUAAAAAUAUUAGCAACCUAUAACUCUACACAGCCUUUACUUGUGCUACCUGACAUGUUUGCCACUUGGAGUGCCAUAAGUCUAUUUCCUCAACAUAAAUCUUAAUAAUUUUUUUCUAAAGAUUUCAAAUACUUCAGUGUUCAUCCAGUUCUUCUGAAGUCAAUAUUUUAAUAUUUUGUGUGUAUCGAUAUUUUCAUUCUUAAUGUGAAAAAAUGGAAUUAUUUAUACUUAUUAUAGAAAGCAUUUGAAAUUUGCACAUUUAGUUGUCCCUAAUAGAGAGCUAUUUACUCUGUUGGAUUCCUUCAAGUUUUCAUAAAUAAGUGUAACUUUUCACAAAA